AUGACUGGCCGCGGCAAGGGAGGCAAGGGUCUUGGAAAGGGAGGCGCCAAGCGUCACCGUAAGGUUUUGCGUGAUAACAUCCAGGGAAUCACCGAGCCUGCUAUCCGUCGUCUAGCUCGCCGAGGUGGCGUCAAGCGCAUCUCUGGUCUCAUCUACGAGGAGACUCGUGGGGUGCUCAAGGUGUUCCUUGAGAACGUUAUCAGGGAUGCUGUCACCUAUACCGAGCACGCCAAGCGUAAGACCGUUACUGCCAUGGACGUUGUCUACGCUCUCAAGCGUCAGGGCCGUACCCUGUACGGAUUUGGUGGUUAAA